ACGGAGGACUCCCCUCUUUCUUGGAGGCUCGCAGGACCUUUCCCCGCGUCAGGUUAUCUGUAUCCUACUCGGUGCCUCACCUUCCCUUGGCUUCAGGUCUUGAAGAAGCGAGGCACGCGCUGAAGCCGUUGUCCCGCUGGCUAGCGGUGGGCACGGUUGGGGUAAGCCUUGGUACGGACCUGUUUUCUCGGGUUGUUGAGUGAGUGCGCACGCGUGGCAGUGGCUUCUUGAGGGGGCUAAAGUGCUGAGGUGUCGCAUGCGCAGAAGGGGCUGACGAGCAUCCUCGAGCGCGGGGUUUCACAAUCUCGGCCUCCGGCCCUGUGGACCGGCAGGGCCAUGACCGAGAGCCUAGAGAUGGGCAAGGACCCUAAUGACUCGACCCAUUCGCGGUCGCUGUUCGUCCGGGAGGACGGCAGUUCCAUCUCGUUUUACGUGCGGCCGGGCCCUGCUAAGCGCCGAUUGUCGUCACUCAUCCUGCACGGCGGAGGCAGCCUGUGCCGGGUGCAGGAGCCCGAGGCAGUGCUGCUGGCGCAGCCCGGGGAGCCACAGGCUGAGGCCUCAGGGGACUUCAUUUCCACUCAGUACAUCACCGACUGCGUGGAGCGCAACGAGAGGCUGGAGCUGGAGGACUACCGCCUGGGCCGUAGGGAUUCCGAGAGCCCAGAGCCGGCCCCUGGAGAGCCUGGGGACGCCUUCACUGAGGCCGAGGACCUGGCCAUCGUCCGAUAUGUGAAGGACAACUCCCGCUCCCCCAGCGCGCAAACCGGCACUACCCUGUGGAAGGCCCUAGAAAAGGCCGCCCUCACACAGCAUCCCUGGCAGGCCAUGAAAGACCGCUAUCUCAAGCACCUGAAGGGGCUGGAGUACAAGCACCUGGAGGGGGAAGAGCCUGCCAGCCCGGGCCAGAAGCUCAAGAGAAAAGCAGAAGAAACAGAACCCGCAGACUGGGAACCACAAAAGAAAAAAAACCCUGAUAUACCUGAGGAAGAUAGUCCAGAAGAGCAAGUGCAAGACAGUGAAACCACAGAGGAGGACAUUUUAUGCUCCAAAAACCAGGAGAUUAAGGAGAAUGAGGUUCAUGAUCAGAACCCUGACCUUGAAUUAAUUGUGAUUAAGAAUGGAGAGCUGACUAGCCUUGGGAAAAAUAACUCCAAUUCAAAAGAGGCUUCAAAGGAUGAUGAGGUCAUUGAAGAUGCUGUUGUAUUGGAAACUCAGCUUGAAGCAGAGGAAAGCAGUUCAAGCCCUUCUUCUCUUUCUCCUGAUGUGGGAGCUGCCAUCAAAGUCAUCAGACAUUUAAUGGAGGAAUUUAAUGUGGAUCUAGCAACAGUCACACAAGCUUUCUUGAAGAACAGUGGAGAACUGGAGGCCACUUGUUCUUUCUUGCAGACAGGCCAGAGGUCUGAUGGAUAUCCAAUCUGGACCCGUCAGGAUGAUGUGGAUUUGCAGAAAGAUGAUGAGAACACCAGAAGUAAAUUAUUAAAAAAAUUUGGUGCUAAGAAUGUAGCAAGGAGGAUUGAAUUUAGAAGUAAUUAGGGCAAGAUGUCAGAGAAAGGCCAGAUACUAGGGUUCAUAGAAUCAGCAUUUAUAGAGGAUGGGGAGUGGAAAAGACUGACAAUUGCUAACCAGUCCUAGGAUUGCUCUGUUAUGUAGCAUUUGAUGCAAAUGUGACCCUUUAAGAAAAUAAAAAGCAGAGAAAUCUGAAAAAAAGAAAAAUGAUGACAGCUGAUAGCCAUGUAAUGCUUCAAGAUCCCAGGAAUGCUUUUGCAUCUAUAUUCCCUCUGUCUUGGUCCUUACACUAGUCAAUGAGUUGGGUGUUGUUUUUUUUUUUUUUUUGGUUUUUUUUUUUAUCACUAUAGAAGAAACUGAAGAGCAAAUUAAGAAUCUUACCCAUCCACUAGUACUUAGAAUUAUGUGUCAGAGGUGGGAUAUGCAGAAUCAUUUUACUUGGCUCCUAUGUCCAGCUUUCUUCCUGCUGUAUUAAUUACACUGUCUUCCAAGAAUUGUUUGAAAUAUUUAUUAGUGUAAAGACUUAAGUAAGAACUUCAGUUCAUUUUAAUCUAUAAUCUCUGUUCCUCAAAGAGUAAUAAGCUAGUGCUAUUUCAGUAGUGGCAGUUAAAUAUUCAUGAAGUCCAUUUGGUGAAAACUGGGAGAUAAAAGAUGAAGUUAUCUUUUACAUAAAAAAUAACCAACAAUAGGGAACCUCUAACUGUUAGUGUUUUCUGCCUAGUCAUAGAUUCAUAGGAUCAUAGAUUUAGAAAUGGAAGGGACCUUCCAACCCAUCAGUUCUGGUCCCUUUGUUUAUAGGAAAACAUCCUGAGGCACAGCAGUUAGGUGAUUUAUCCAGGGUCCCACACCUACUAAAUGUCUGAGUUAGUAUUUGAAUCCAGGUCUUCCUAACUCCCAAGUCUGGUGCACUAUC